AUGAGUGUCGUUAAAAAAGUUGAAAAUGAUGCAAAACUUCAGUUGGAAGCUGCAUUGGAUUUGGCAGGUUUUGGUCUGUACAGCUAUAUUUUGACGAGUUUGGCUGGUUUGAUUAUAAUUUCAUACGCUUGUAUUGUUUUCGCGGUCUCCAUCAUCAUUCCUGCAAGCGCGUGUGAACUGGAGACCUCCAACUCUCAACAAGGAUAUAUAGUAGCGGGAGAAUUAAUCGGUUUAAUACUGGGUGGCGUUGUUGGUGGAUACUUGGGGGACAAGUUCGGACGGCGUCGGAUACUGCUCUUUACGCUCGUCUCGGCAGCUACAUUCAAUGGCAUCGGCAGCCUCUCCGUCAAUUGGGUCAUGCUGUUGAUUAUGCAAUGCCUAGCAUCAUUUUGUGCAGGAGGUCAGUAUUCAUUAGCUGUGACCUUCCUCAGUGAGAGCGUCCCUAUGAGUAAAAGAAACCUACUGGUCUUGUUGGUCAACACCAUAUUCUUGCUAUCCCAAGGUAUUUUGGCAGUAAUCGCCAUACCUAUUAUUCCGCUACGGUUUUCUUACCACCUUCCGGGCUUGGGCAUCUACUGGAACUCUUGGCGGACUCUAAACCUUGUCUAUUCUAUACCAAGUCUUCUAGCUGCGCUCUGGCUAUGCUUCAUGCUAAAGAGCCCAAAAUACGUGUUUACGAAAGGACAUGAAGAAGAAGCUAUAAAUAUUAUAAAAACUAUACACAGAUGGAAUAAUGGAAAAUCAGCAAAAGAUAUUCAAAUAAAGGGUUUGAUUUUGGAUGCGGAACAGCUUGACGGACUGUCAUCAUCAAAUGACCAAAUCGUGCCGCUAUUUAAAGCACCCCUUCUCAAGUACACCGUAAUCAUGAUUACGCUGUUUUUAUUUCAGCAAAUUGGAUCGUUCACAAUCUGGUUACCGACUAUUGCUAAUCAAUUCGUGAAGAUUGUGGAGACAGGAGUAGGCACCGAUAGGAGUCUAUGUAAAAUUAUCAGCGACAGUUUAGAAGCGCCAAUGGAUCCGGACGUCGUACCGUGCGCCCUGAACGUAACGUCACUUCUGCUGGUAUUAUCAGUGUGCGCUCUGCAGUCGUUGCUUAAUACAUUGCUAAGUUUGGUAGUGAACAGAAUUGGCUACCGCAACAUGGCCAUAUGCAUUACAGUUGUGUGUGGAAUGUCAGGCAUCAUAGUGAACCUCAUACCCAACGCCUACGCAAGCGCCGUUUUCUUCAUGAUCUUUCUAGCUGGCAUCUUGACGAUAGGAAUGUACACGGCCAUUGCUGUUGAACUGUUCCCUACUCAUCUCAGGGCGCUGGCUGUAGCUUUAACACAAACUGGAGGAAAUCUUGGAUUGCUUGCUUCAGUACAGAUCCUCAAUCUGCUGCUCGAGAUCAACUGCAAUGCUGGGUUCUAUAUAUUCAGUAGCAUUUUCGUCGCAUCAGCAUUCAUAGCUGCAUUUUUACCUGAUGACAGAUUUAUAAGAAAAGAACAAAAUACAUAG